UGCAGCACCCAGCUGCUUCAAUAACAGAGAAGCGAAAUACUUCAUGCGGAAAAUGCAACCCCAUCUCCGCUAGCGAGAGAGAGAGAAAAAUGCAUCUCGAUUAGACAAGUGAACCGAAAUGAAUCACUUCAAUCCCAUCGCGAUAAUUACCUGCCAAUUGAAUUCUUCACCUAACGAGAAGAUCCUAAUUGAGGCAUUCUUUUCCAUUUCCUUUCAGACUCACCCGUUGACUACGAUUGCAUCGCAGGACCUCUCAUCGCAACCACUGGCGGAAGAAGAAAUCGUUUCCACGGUACCAGCCGAAGGCUUCGAAGGACGAAAACGUCGUCGAUUGGGUAGGAAACGAAAGCGCAGACCUCUGCACGACGACUACUGGCAACAAGGUGGCCCUCGAGACGAAACAGAACCCGAACCCAUCUACCGAGAUCCGGAACCGGAGAGGAAACGAACCUACCCCCGCUGGGACCGUCAACGUCCUGCCGAUCGGUGGUCGAAUCCCUACAGCGAUGCCAUAGAUCCACAUUCUCCCUUUAGCAGUGAUCCACCUUCGAUCCGACGACCGUACGAAGCGUUUAACAGAGGCAACCGAGAGAAUUUUCAACCUAUUGACGGCAAUAGGCAAAGAAGACUUCCCAGACCGGAGGAGCAUCCGACUCCCGGUUCCGGUCACAAAGCCUACCGAAAACCGUACUCACAGGCCAAACGAAACGAAGAAGAAGGUGGAUCGUCCGGUGAGCAAGGCAAGGCCAGUGCCGCAGACCUGAAAGCUCUACUCAAGCAAUCCGGUGGACUGAGUCUAAGCGAGAUUCUUCAACAGCGCAAUAUCUCACUACAGGAUUUGAUCAAGGGCAAGCAAAUGGCUCUGGCUGCGUUGACGCAAAGCCCCCUAGAUGUCACUACAGUCACGGAACAAGACAACGAAGUAACCUCCACGAUACCAACGCUAUCCAGUGUCAGAUUCCGAGUACAGGAGGACUCCACUCAGCGAACCGACUUCCAUGAUAUCAAAUCCAUGAAAAGAAUUCCGGUAUAUUCCCCAUCUGCAGUUCCGAUUAUAGCAACGGAACCACCAACAACUACCACAUCAACCACAACGACACCGACAGAGCUUCCACCAACGGCGCAGGAUGAAACCAACUCCGUCGAAGACAUCAUAACCCUCGACAACCUUGGAAACCACAACGACAACGUUGCCAUCUUUCCAACCGUCGAGAUCAAACAGCUAGCCCUCAAUCCGGUGCUUCCAACCGUCAAAGAAGAACGACUACGACCCAUCAAGGGUGUAGCCUCCCGUAUUCGUCCAGACUUGAGUAACUCCAAAAUCCGAACGGAGGAAGUCUUCUCUGCUUCCAAAAGACGCUUGGAAUCACUUAGGCCCUACGCUACUGCUGAACCCUGGCACUUGUCUACCACCACGACCAGCACCGCCAUCCCGAACACUACAUCUCGCGAAAAAUGGACUCCCUCAGCAUCGCUUCACGAAAAAUACUUCCACAAACUUCAACAGAACAAAUUCCGUCAACGACCUUCAGUGAUCGCAUCCACCGACCUCGAUAGUGACACCCUAGAAGAACAUACCGAACCAGCACUUCCCGAUACGGAACCACCCGUUCCGGCUUCCUCUGAGCGAUCUCUAAUGCGAAUCCCGUCUUCCCGGAAUCGCCUUGCUAUAAAACCCAAAAUAAGACUCGCGUCCCCUGCACCGUUAACAGUGCAACCGCAGUCGACGGAAAAUCAUAGCCUCGCCGACAUAGAAUUCCACGAUGAAUCCGAGAACGUCACCAAACUGCUCGAAAGCGAGGAACCGGAACUGAACAUCAUCGAAAAGUUUACCUCCUUCGAAGACACCAAGAACGCCUUCGAUCCGCAAUCCAGCUUAGCGUCCGAACUGUCAACCACCGAGCUAAGUGAGGACGAUCUCAUCGAACGAAUCAACCAAAACACCCAGCGUUCGUUCACCGACAGCCUUGAGGACUACUUCCGAGACGUAACCGAGAGCAAUCCAUCGCUGUUCAACGAUCUCGGUCCGAUCGCUCUGUCCGACGAUCGGAAUGAGAUCUUAGAAUUGAUGGAAGAUCGCCGUAUCGGUGCCCGCCUGGCCAAGGUCCUAUCCCAACGAAACAUGACCUUGGACGAGCUGCUCGAGCAUCGCAAACGUGGCUCCAGCCAGCUACAUCUGUCAGAAAUGAUCAACGGCAAGUCCAAACCGAUCGAGGACAAGAUGGACAUCGUAACGGCAUUUGAACACUUCCCACGGUUCAAUCUUGGUAACCUGCGGAGCAUUCAACCGGACGACAUCAAACUGGAUUCGCAGGGCUUCAGCUACUUCACUUCCAUCAUCAGCAUGCGCCCGACGGACGAAGCCUACAAGGAAGGUCGAGCGAUGCAGCAUCACCGAGGGGAUCACAAAUUCCUCGACUGGAAGCUCCAGCAUUCGCCUCAACAGCAGCAGCAGCAACACCCAGCAAAUCACAAAAUGGAUGGGAUUCAUUUUUUAGGUAACGGCGGAUCGAAGGGUGGGCUGAUAACCCCUUCGCGAAUGUCCGCCGAUGCCGAGUUCGACAGCAGCCACGAUCAAACCAGCAGCAGUGAUUUGCUCGAUCUGGAACUGACCGGCCAUGGGUUCAACCACCGGCACACGGUAACCAUCGAGAGCACCUCGAUGCCACUCGGCGUCAAAUCGGCGAUCGUGGCGAGUUCCUGCAUCGUGGGCGUUUCGCUGGUGGUGUUCGCGGUGAUCUUCGUCGUUUGCCGCUGGCGACAGCGGCGGAGAAACAAACUCAACUAUACGGAGAACUUCAACAUGGCCAAAGGGCGGCUGCCGAUGAUGCACAACGAGGGAUUGAAGAACGAACAGAUGCAGGUGUAUACAACGCAGCAGCAUCAGCAGCAUCAGCAGCACCGGCAACAGCAGCAGCAGCAGCAACAGCAGCAUCAGCAACAACAGUAUUCGAAACAACGUCAACGAAAGGACAGCAAGGUUAACACGAUGGAUCCCAACUCGCAGGAAGUCCAGGACUACCUGUGGGAUGCGAUGCGUAAACCGUUCCAGUAGGUUUGCGGGAGAAGUUUGUGUGUUUGUAGGGAUAAUUCAAAGCCAUACAUACUGCGCCGAGGAGUUACUGGGAGUUUAGCAACACCAGAGAAUCGGAUCCAGUGGACCGAGAAACGCCUUCCCAUCGCAGAUUCUCCACGGCCAAACCGACAUCAGCAAAAAAACAAACAAAGGAAAUCUUGGCACCGCUCUGCUGCUCCGCACAUUCCUUCCCAGCCACCCAAUCUUUAUCCUCCAAUCUUCCAUCGUAACUAACCGAAACUAUCCAUCCGCACUAUCUGCUAUUAUUAUGAGUUAAUUUAUUAAUAAUAACCACGAUUCUGUGGAUGAGCACCCUCCCCUUCCUCCGCCGUUUCUUCGAUAGUAUCCGGUUCUAAGCGCACCCUUCCCCUCCUCAAGACGAUGUCACAACAUGACAGCUGAUAGUACCUACUCAUCAAAAGCAAAGCAAAGAGUAAAACUGGAAUCAGUUUGGCGGUAAAAUGUAAAAAGUGAAAAGAAACGAUCCAACAACGAUUGGACGAUUGGCAAACCGAAGAAGAAAAAAAAAAAAGCUCAACAAAUAGGAAAGUAAGUGUGAAAUGUGCAAUACAAAUGAGCAAACCACAAUCGGAACAUGAUAAUAUCACUAAACAAUAAAGAAACCCGAUACAUUUUAAUUUAGUACCUAACGAGCGAUAAUUUAUGAGCAGCAUUCGUAGCCAUUCAUGUAUAAGCUACUUAAUCACCACCCCCAACCCCGCCCUUGAAACCCUCAUUGCCCAUUAGCGAUAGCGAUUUAGUUUAAGGAUUACAUUUAGACAAACAAACAAACAAGAAAGUGAACAUUUCAUUGAAAUUCAAGAAAAUGUAAGAUAUCAAAUAAGAGACUGGCGCAAAGUUAAAAAAAAAUAUUAAAUAAAACAAAUAAACACAAAUCAUUCCAACCAGUUCAAUUCGAGAUCGUCACCGUUCCGCUCAUUAGUCAAUUUGACACCCGUUCGUUAGCAAAUGUUGAAAUCGUUUCAACCGUAUAUGAAUUUAUCUCCAACCGAAA